CGUGGUGUGUGAGGAACGGGCGGACAACCGGGCCAGCGCCUCCUGCUCGCCGGCGCCCAUUUUGCCCUCCCGCCGAGAAGAGCCGUGCGCGGCCUACACGCUCCGGGGACCUCCCGCCAGCGGCAUCGCUGCCCCCGCCGGCCUUCUCGCGCCCAGGGGACGCUCUUUGGAAAUUGGGUCCCGAGUUAAGGUUUUCUUUUAUUUUGUUUCCAAGUUAGGGGCCUUGAAUUUGGGACCACUCUUUCACUGGACCACUUCCGGUAACCGGCCGGUAACUUCGGUUCGGUGACCUCGGCUCGGAAUGCGCCUCGGCUCGCCCCGGGCUCACGUCCCGAUCUCGGCUUGAGUGGCCCGGGGUGGGUGACCUGAAGUUGUAGCCUCGCUGCUCUUGAGGCGGAUUAAUUAGCCCAAGAAACACUAUAUUCAUGCUUAGGUGGAGAAAAGCAGGGCUAGCAUUGGACCCCAAAGCCCAGGAUGGCAGGACAGGAUGUGGGGGCCCCACCCGAUCGCCUCUGGGUUCACCAAGAGGGUGUCUACCGCGACGAGUACCAGCGCACAUGGGUGGCCGUCCUGGAAGAGGAGACGAGCUUCCUAAGGGCCCGAGUUCAGCAAGUUCAGGUUCCUUUAGGUGACGCAGCCAGGCCAAGCCACCUUCUCACCUCCCAGCUACCUCUCAUGUGGCAACUCUACCCCGAGGAGCGCUACAUGGACAACAACUCUCGCUUGUGGCAAAUCCAGCAUCAUUUAAUGGUCAGGGGCGUACAGGAACUGUUGCUUAAGCUUUUGCCUGAUGAUUAACCGGGUGCUGGGAUUCUAGGAAGAGAUGCUCCACUGUUCUGUUCAGUAAAUGACAAUCACGACAUUCACCACUGCAGUGCACCCACCUGUGGGCC